GAUAAUAAAUAAAUAGCUUGUCUUGUCGCCAACACGUCGCACAAAAGUUGUGAAUUUUUUCUGGAAAUUGUAAAAUAAUUAAGUAGCAAUGGUGGAUCUGGAUUGUUUGGAAUCAGCAAAACCACCUCCGCCUAACGACAUGGAGAGUGAAGCUGUCGCAGAGCCAUUACUGUCAAACUGCGAAGAGAAAAAACAAUUAUGUCGCCUUUGUUUACUUGAAAAUGAUAAAACUGAAAAAGUUAUUAACAUUUUUGAGGAAGUGCAAAUAGAUGAGCAAGGUAACAAAACAAAAGGAUUGGAAGAUGUUCUCUACGAUUUAUUUCGGAUAAAGUAUGAUCGCUCCUGCAACAUUUUGCCACAUGUUAUUUGCCACCGCUGUUGGGAGAUGGUAAAUGCCUUUAACAAUUUUCGUAAAAUUGUACACAAGACUGAAGAAGUUUUACAGAAGAGGCUCGAGCUUAUGAAGUCAAAUGCAUUUCUAGAAGAUUUUGAAGACAAAAGACCCGGAUUGAAUGGAAAUCCUGGUUUAUUUAUUCCCGAUGAUGAUUGUGAAAUACAAGAGGUUAACCCUGAUGAAGAAUGUGAAUCGUCAGAUGAUGAUUUUUCUAUGGAGUCUGACUCGGAUACCGAAGAAAUGAAUAUGCCAGCAAAAGAAAUAGACACAUUUAAUGCGAAGCCUCAGCCAGCUACAUUAAAUAAAAAUGCUGGUGUUCCUAAAACAUCAAUCGUUAAUGAAUCGAAUCAACCGAAAGAUGGAUCAUCCGUACUAACAGAACAUAAGGGUUUAGAGUUUACCAUUACCAACACAUAUCUAUGUCAGUAUUGUGAUAUGGCCUUUACAGCACACUCAGAGGCAUUGGAGCAUGAAACGUUACAUGAUAGAGCCAUGCCUUACAUUUGCAAUUUCUGUCCCAAAGCUUACAGCAAUCGUCAAGCUUUGAUACUUCAUAUCAAAGAAUUACAUGAUCCCGAAAAACCGUACAUAUGUGCCCUGUGCCGCAAAGGAUUCUGUAGAAGAUCUGAUCUUAAGAAGCAUACUAUUGUACAUACAGGCGUGAGGCCAUUUGCUUGCCCUCUUUGCUCGAAAAGCUUUUCCCGCAAUACCAAUCUCCAUAAACAUAUGCGUAUACACAGCAGUAUUAAACCGUACGUCUGUCAGCAAUGUCCUCGUUCCUUUACUACAGGUACAGAACUUUUGAAACAUGCUCGUACACAUUCGGAAAUCAAGACUUUUAAAUGUACAAAAUGUCCAGCUACUUACGCUCGCAAGGAUAAACUUCAAAUACAUGAGCAAUCUCAUCAACGAAAAGAGUUGGAAGCUUUACAUAACCAAAGUAAGUCCGCAGCAUCUUUUCCAAAUAUGCAAGCUCAAGAUAAUUUUGAAUUGGCACCUCCAUCAAAUCCUUACUUGAGUCAAGAGUUAAAUCAAUUAAAUUCAGUCGAUGAACAGCAACGUGUGAUGAUGCAAAAUGUAAAUUUUGCCCAAAGACCUGUUUUUCCGCAACUACCGGUAACAAUACCAUCAGUGAUUUCUACUCCACAACCACCACCACCGAAGCCGCAAACAACGAAAUCAUCCCAUCCCCGUGUACAUCCAUGCGAUAUUUGUGGGAAAUCAUUUACCCGAGAAAGAGAUCUUCAUCGACAUCAAGCUUUACAUUUAGAUACUUUGUUUACUUGCAAACAAUGCGGACUUGGUUUUAGCCGUCGUGAAAAGCUGGCUCGCCACGAGUUAGAACAACAUGGGCCUCAAUAUCCAUGCGAUAUAUGUCGUAUAACAUUUCAUAGAAAGGAUGAAUUGGAUAUGCAUUUGAAAAUGCAUGAGCUGCAACAAAAUGCUACCAAAUCAGCCCAACAAGCAAUACUCAAUGCAGCUGGCGUUGUACAUGCACAAUCGAUGGAAAUGUCUCAAAUGCACCAUGUCGCUGCUCAACAACCAAUGUCAAGUACUGCUGCUACUGUUCCCGUGCCGCCAAUACCACCAGCAGUAUCUCUACCAGCCCCUGUACGUCCUUCAGCCGCCGACAUGUCUUUCUAUAGUCAAAUGGUGCCAACGAUGAAUCUCGGAUUUUAUAGUGAAACACGACCAGAAGAUCGCAAUGGCAUUUAAUUAAAGCUGAGUUCUCCCAAACUUAGCAAAAUACUUUCGCAUACAGAGAAGAAAGAAGCUACCUUACUUCGCUAAUGUCAAACUUCAGGUUCAGAAUCAAGUAUUUAGUUUUAUGAUUUCUGUAUUAAUUUGGAAUGUACUAAUAAAGGCUCAUAUUGAUUUUUGAAGUAUUGUAUUAAAUGCUGUAAA